AUGGCAGCGACUGGAUCACUGCCAGCGCUGAACAUUCCCCUCACGAAGGAGCGCGACUACGCCCCCCAUUCGGAGCCAGCGUCGCCGUCGAAGGCCUCGCGCAAUGUCCAGACAAAAUCACUCGACUCUGAUACGGACACGACGGCAACAAACUCGGACGAUGAGUUCGACUGGGACAACGACGACGAGUUCUCUCGCCCGGAUCCGGCAGAACGGAAGAAGGCCAAACGCUUCCGAGCUUUAUGGGUCGCAUUCAUGAUGCUCGCGAGACCGAUAAGAGUCAUUCUACUCAGCAUACUUGGCGCCGGUAUCCUCAUAACGCCCUUUAUCGUGGUGCAUUUGGAGUUUAGGCAAAAUGUGGUGUAUGACCAUGUUCGCUUGUGGUCGCUGUGGUUCUCUAUCGCAUGGGCUGCUGGAUGUGUCACGUAUCUUGUCGUGGACGGCCUCCCAAGACUGAUUGUUGCGGUCACAUGGAUGUUCGGCGGCCAGCUGGAGCGCAUUAAGAUGCAACUUGAACUAACUUCCGCCGUCUCGGGAUGGAUCAAACUCGCCCUUGACAUCAGCUGGGCCUGGAUUGCGCUUUCCGUCUUGCAGGAGGUCUACAAACCACCCGGCACGUACUGGUCGACCGUCAACCGUGUGAUGCAAGCACUUUUCGCGGCAGGCAUAAUCAUUCUUGUCGAAAAGGUCUUUUUGCAUUUCGUUGCAAUCAAUUUCCACGAAAAGGCUCUUGCAGAUAGAUUGAGCGAGAACAGGGCAGGACUCAAGGCCCUCGACCGGCUUUCGAAUGCGCAAUUCACGACUCCGACCUCCAGGAAGCAUUAUUCCUUUGGGAUUGGUAAGGGAGAAAAGGGACAUAAGCACAACGCAUCUAGCUUGGGUAACAUGGACGGGCUCGCCAUGCAACCAAAGAGCGGACCUUCUAGCCUGGAGAGCUCCCCCAUCUUUGAAAAGCAUGCCAAUCCAAAAGAUAUGUCCAAAUCCGCGCGUAAGCAACGCCGCAAGAAAGCCAUGGCGUCGAUCAUCGUCGAUCAAGUCGGCGGUGCUAUUGGUCAAGUUGCGUUAAAGAAUUCACGGUUCAAUCGGGAAGGCGAGAUUGGCGGGUUGCACUCUGCGAGACGGUUGGCUAGGAAGCUGUUCAGUGCUUUGAGUCAGAGCGAUCCCCCACGGAGCCAUCUCGUCGUGGACGAUUUCAUCCCAUAUUUCAGGAGCGAGGAAGAGGCGAAAGCUGCGUUUGUGCUGUUUGAUAAGGAUGGGAAUGGGGAUAUUACGAAGAAGGAGAUGAGGGAGGCUGUUCAAAGAAUUUAUCGGGAGAGGAAAGCUUUGACCGCUAGUUUGAAGGACGUCGGCUCUAUUGUAGCUAAACUCGACGCCGUUCUCCUUUGUAUUGCGCUACUCAUCGUCCUGUUCGCCGCGCUUCUCAUCUUCAAUAGGAAGAACACGUUGGCAUCAUUGGUCCCGCUCGCGACAAUCGUGUUAGGAUUCUCGUUCAUCUUCGGUCACUCGGCGCAGACAUUAUUCGAAUCGCUUAUCUUCAUCUUCUCGACCCACGUCUUUGAUGUUGGAGAUCUUGUUAUGAUUGAUGAUCAGCCUCUUUUCGUCCGUGAAUUCGGUCUAUUUUCGACCACGUUCAGGCGUGUUGAUGGUCAAGAGAUCAUUGCCCCAAAUGCCCUCCUUGCCUCCGCGAAGCUGAUCCACAAUCUGCGUCGCUCCAAUUCCAUGUGGGAGACAACAAAGCUGAUGGUAUCAUAUGAUACACCCCUGGAGAAACUGGAGGAGCUGAGGAACAAAAUUAGUGCGUAUGUCCAGGCGAACAACAGGGACUGGUCCGGCUGCGCACUGAACAUUGAUAAAAUGGAGUACCAAAACGCAAUCCAUUUGAUCGUGGCUAUAGAACACCGUCCGAAUUGGCAAGAUUGGGGCGGACGCUGGGCUCGCCGCACCGCGUUCAUGCGGAACCUCAGGACGGUGCUUGAGGAACUCGACCUGCGCUACUCGAUGCCUGUGCAGCCUGUGAUUCUUCCGCCUCCGCCUCCCCAGUAUCAGUCGAUGUACCCUAGAGGUUCUGGAUUUAGGUCCACCUCGUUUGGGGCAAGUCCGUAUGGGGGAGCGACCUAUGGGGGGAGCGCUGCACCGAGCAGUUUGAACCUCGGUGGGAGGGAGGAUAUGGGUAAUGCAGGGACCUUUACGCCCGGAGGGGCUGCUGGCGCUGCGGCCGGUCAGACUUUGAGAGCGCCUGGACCUGUGUUGAGGGAGGGUCCUGGCUUCUUUAGCGGUUCGGCGUCGUGA